UCUUUAAUUAGUACUACAAGUUGUAAAAAUACACUACCAAAACUACUCUCUAUUUUAGGGUUCUUACAUCUUACAGUUUUAGAAAGAACAAAAAAACAUAUACAGUUUUAGAAAAACACAUGCGCUAUGGAUCUUGGAGAAAAUUCUCGUAGUUUUUCUGUUCCUAUCUGGGCUUCAUUUCAUAGGAAGAGAAAACUCCACAAACUAAGAAAGUCUAUUAUGGCUGUGCGAGUCGUGCGUUUACUAAAGUCAAUGAGGGGGCUAUGCGUUGAUCCAGCUGCUGCAGGAGUUGAAUCGGGACCCGUAGAGAUGUCAAUCGGACCAAGGAAAGCGCGGGAAAACUUAAAUCCUUCUGAUCAGUCGUAUGAAUCACGAAGUUUAGAAUUAAAGUUUUCAAACAACAUAAACGGUCCAAUUUUUACUGGAAUCCCCAUAGGUGAAGAGGGCAGCACCUUAAAUCUACAUCUAAUCGAUCCCCGUACUCAGAAUAUCAUCAAUUCUGGGCCUGAAUCAUCAGCAAAAGUGGAAAUAGUAGUCCUUGAGAAAGAUUUUACAAGUUGUAGUGGUGACAAAUCGCUGAUACGGGGAGAUCCUCAUGUCACCUUGAAAGAUGGAAGUGUUUCUGUAAGUCAUAUUUCAUUCAAACAUACCAGAGUGCCUAUGAGAAAACGUGAGUUGAGACUAGGUGCAAGAGCUGUGUAUCCUUACAAUGGAACAAGAAUUACGCAAGCAGUCACACAACCAUUCUUUGUGAAGGAUCGUCGGUCUAGUACGUAUUUAUUAAUUCCUUUUCAAUCAUAUUAUUGGUUUGUUUUUCCUUUAAGAUUUCCCUGAUUUUAUUUCAUUGAGCUUAAUUUGGAUGCCAAUAUGCUAGCCUGCUAGGUAAUUACAUAUGUUUAAUAAGUCCUGUAAUGAAUUUGUGUAUCAAUUAUUGUUUGUCUAAGUGGGUCAUGGGGUUCAGAUUUUUUAUGAUCAAUGGCCCCAUUGGAGGGCGAGCUAAUGAGAAAAGGUCA